GCAUCGAUGGAAAGAGAAACAGUUAAUGUUUCAAGCUAAUGUACUUUCAUCAGAAUUGGAGUGCAUGCAGAGAAGAGGAGGGGUGCUUAACAUGCGUAAUACCUUAUGACAAUUCAUGCACCCUCUUGACAUCUGUCUCCAAAAUUAGAUUCACUCAAUACAACUGGAAAAGAAAAAAAAAAUCCUGAAGGUUAAAAGUGGUUAGUUUCUUUUGUAAGUUAAUAAUGCUUUAUUAAAAACACUCACAAGGAAGUGCAGGGCCAUUGGAAUAUACAAACGUACAUAUAACAUGACAAUUGUAAAAUCGUAGAUUCACCCAACAAAAAGGAAUAAUUGAAUUUCAAAACUGCCCUAGCCUCUGCUUUUCAGAUAUUAAAGAUUGCAAAUUUCAAUCAUUCGUGAACUCUGAUCAUCCCCUGGAUUUUUCUUCUCUGACUCCAUUUCUUCACCUUGUUUUCACUGCUCCUCCAAUCUUCCCCUCUGUGAUCCCAAGCAAACAGAACAAACCUCACCUUCAUCCCUGUGUUCACCUCAAUAUUUAUUUAUCUAUUUACUUAGAGAUACAGCACGGUAAUAGGUCCUUCUGGCUCAACGAGCCCGUGACACCCAAUUACGUGUGUGUGACCAAUUAACCUACUAACCCAUAUGUCUUUGGAAUGUGGGAGGAAACCCACACCAUCAGGGGGAGAACAUAAAGACUCCUUAAGACAGCAGCGGAAUUGAACGCUGGUCACUGGCACUGUAAUAUUGUUAUACUAGCUGCUACGCUACGUGACGCCCCAGGAACACUAGUGGUUGUGGGCUCGGUCAAGUGCUCUUCUGCUGCCUUCACCCUGUGAAAGUACCUCAGACUAUCUUCACUCAAGACUAUGGAUCCUCUUCAUCAGUCCUGAGGAAGGGUCUCGGCCCGAAACAUCAACUGUACCUCUUCCUAGAGAUGCUGCCUGGCCUGCUGCAUUCACCAGCAACCUUUAUGUGUGUUGCUAUGGAUCCUGUCCCUGUUCUUCAGAUUUACGCUCUAUUUAGACACUCCAAUGACAUUUAUGGAUGUAUUUAUUGCUGUUAUGACACUUAUCCUAUCAAUUCCUCCCCGCCCUUGGUCAUUCUAACCUACCUACCUCUGAACUUGCAGAAUUCCUCUCAUGAGGGACUGAUACCAGUAGUUGAUAAAGGUUGUGACAGUGUGGUUUUGUGAGCUGACCUCUAUCUUAAGGGGCUGAACACCAGCUCUAUUACACCUCCUUGUCUGGGCCACAAUCACACUUCUGAAUUUUGAUAUUGGUUCCCCUGGUGAUCAUUCCUGAAUGGUACCCAGCCUCCAAAUGCCCCAUUCUGGACUUCUUCCUUGCCAAGUUCCACAGGCAGGGCUGUCCUGGUUAGGCCAUCAUUUCAAACUGUUUUUGUGCCAUGGAACUCAACUCUUCCCACUCUUUCUUCCAUUGCUCAGCCUCUUCCUACUUACAUUCAUGACAUCUCCUCCAAUUUCCUGCUCACUUUCAUCAUGGACAUCCAAUUCUUUUACAUCUCUACUCCACACAAAACUGAUUUCAGAAUCAUUCCCCAUUCAGCACCAUCACCCUCAUUCAGCUGCCUUAACUUGUUCUCACAUUGAACAACUUCUCUUUUAACACCACUCUCUUCCUUAAAAGCAAAUAUAGCAGCUAUGGGAAGCUGUGGUUUAAUGGAACCUUUCUUGUUUCUGACCCCAUUCCUCACCCCUUGACUGGUUUAUCGAGCAUUGUUGCUGCUUCCCGCACUAGUACAGAAAUCACUUUUGUGUCAGCUUUUGCUACCAAUUUCCAUCAAGCUCUCAAUUACACCUGGACCAUCUCUGUCUCUUCCCUCUCCUCAGCUUCUCCAUCUCCAUCUCGGGGUCGGGGUGGGGGUGGGGGUUUGAAUCAGGAUGUUCAGAGGCCAAUACGUGCAUUUUAUGCUCACAGGCUCCCUUUGCUGUCCGGACUACACCACUUCCCAUCCUGCUUUGUGAGGACUCCAUUUCAUUGUAUAACUUCCCUAGGUAGAGCGGAUAUGGAGAGGAUGUUUCUUAUCGCGUGGGAGCCUAGGAACAGAGGGCACAGCCUCAGAAUAGCAGGACAUCCUCUUAGAACUGAAAAUUUUUUUAGCCAGGGGGUGAUGAAUCUGUGGAAUUUGUUGCCACUGAUAGCUAUGGAGACCAAGUCAUUGGGUAUAUUUAAAGCAGAGGUUUGAUAGUUCUUGAUGAGUAAGGGCAUCAAAAGUUACAGGCAGGACAUAAGAAGAUGAAGCCAUGGUGGAAUCAUGGAGCAGGCUCGACAGGCUGAAUGGCCGAAUUCUACUCCAAUGUCUUACGGUCUGAAUUCCACUUGUUUGCUCAUUUCUUCACUUCCUUCAUAUCUCUUUUGAUGAUGAUGUCACUAAUGCUUCUCAGAUGCUGCCUUUUUUCAACUAUGAUUUUCCUCCAUAAUCACUUCAAUUCCAGCUAUUGUAAUCAACUUCUUCCACCCACAAUCCUUCUUCUCCCUCUCUUGAGCAAAGAUUUUUGCCUCAUCUCUCUCCUCCAAAGUGUCUACAACCUUCCUUCCCCUGUUAUUGUUCCAUGAGAAAUCAUUCCCUCUGAGGCACCCUGAUUCACUUGUUCAUCUCCACCUAAACCAUACAACUGUAGGCACAUGUGCAAUGGGUAGAACUGUACCAUAUAGGUUUAAUAGUGACAUCCAGUACUGUAUUUGUGGAGUUUGCACAUACUCCCUCUAUGUUCAGCAGUUUCCUUCCAAUCACAAAGCCAUGCAGGUCAAUAGGUUAAGUAGCCUCUACGAGAAGCCACAGUGUAUGAGGGGUGAUUGACAACUUCGUGGCCUAAGGUAGGAGGAGUCAAUUUUAGAAAACCUAGCACAUUUAUUUUUCAACCUAGUUCCCUCCUACUUUUACACACUUAGUCCAGCAGUCGUGGAGCAUACAGAUCUUGGACCCCCAGAAAGUGUCCACAGCAGGGGUGAUUGAUAAGUUCGUGGCCCAAGGUAGAAGGAGGUGAGUUACAUGCACAGCUCUCGUUACAUGCACAUGCAGUUCAACGCUUAGAGUGAUUAUGCAGAAAGUUUGCAGUUAAUAACUCAACUCCUUCUACCUUAGACCACAAACUUAUCAAUCACCCCUCAUAUAGGGGAGAGGUGAAGAUGUGGGGACAAUUCUUUAAAAAAUAAAUUUGAAGUAUUAUUUGUGUACAUGAGUGGUUGAUAGUUGGUGUAGACUCAUUGGGCUGGAGGGCCUGUUUUUGUGCUGCAUCUCUCUCUCUAACUCUGAAAUGAAAUACCUUAAUUUUUAUCUCUUCCCACUUACCUCUUCCCAUUCCACCAUCCAAAGUAACAAAUAUCUAUUCCAGAUGAAUUCAAUUGUACUGCAUUUAGUGUUCACAACGUGGUUCUCCAUUUCAAUGCAGAAACCAAAUGCAGAUUGGACAUGCUGUUUUGCAGAACAACCUCAUUCAAUUCAUAAGGGAAUCUCUGAGCAUCCAAGUGCUAGUCAACUUUAAAUUUUAUUCCCAUUCCAACACUGAUCGUUCUGUCUCUUCCUCCAACAGCUCCAGUGAAACAACAUUUCAUCUUCCCAUUAGGUAUGUACAAACUUUAGGACUCAAUGUCAAAUUAAUCAAUUUCAGAUAACAAGCCUUUCCAGUUUGUGUCAGAAUGGUCAUUUGCCUGUAAUAUUGAAUCCAUUUCUUUCUCUCCACAGAUUGUGCUGAACUACUGAGUAUUUCCAGCAUUUUGUUUCAGACUUUCAAUCACUUCUCUUUUGUUUUAUUUUGCCAGAAUGGGACAUCUGCUGUGGAUUUAGUUUGUAGCCAUAUGUUUUUUUUUCUCUAACAACUGUGGGGCAGAUAGGUGAAAUGCAUUUGCAAGGCAUGACUGGUCUGUGCAUUGGCACAUGCAGCUCUUGGCUUUUGUGUGCAACAGCACUGAGCUGCACCAUUUCAAAGUUGUCCCGUUGCAUCAUUCUAACACCCUUCACUGCUUUCAGUGCUGCAAGGAAAGAAUUAUUUUAUCAACGAUGAAAAAACCUCAACAAGUUUUGCAUUUGAAUACACCUGCUUUCCCUAGGCUCUAUCUUUUAUCAUUUGCUUCAUUUUCACAUUUUGACCAAGGGCUGCCAGCCUCAACUGCUGACUCAUCAUUUCUCCCUCCACAUGCUGCCCACCCUACUGAGGGUUUAAGAAUCAGAUUUAUUAUCAUUGUCUUAUAUGAUGUGAAAUUUGUUGUUUGGUGGGAACAAUACAGUGUAAAGAUAUAAAGUUACUAUAAAUUACAAAAUAAAUUAAUAGUGCAUAGAAAAGGAAUAAUAUCGGGUUCAUGGACGUUAGUAAAUCUGAUGGUGGACGGGAAGCAGCUGUUUCAGAAUUGCUCUGUGUGGUUCUCUGAGCUCCUGUGUCUCCUCCCCGAUGGGAAUAAUGAGAAGACGACAAGACAUGUCCUGGAUGGUGAUGGUCCUUAAUGAUGGAUGCUGCCUUCUUGAAGCACCGCCUCUGGAAAGCGUUCUCAGCGGUGGGGAGGGUUGUGCCCACAAUGGAGAUAGCUGAGUCUACGACCUUGCCUUAUAUCAGAAACUGCACUUUUUAAAAAGUUACUGACUUUAUUUUCUUUUAGGACAGUAGCACUUUGAACGUGCUGCUGAUACUUUUACAACAAAUCAUGGUCCGAAAAGACGGAGACUUCUGUCUUCAACACCUGAGAGAAGGUGAUACUGCCAACACAAGAACAUUCCCUGACAAACAGCUGACAGCACGCACUGUACCACCCUGAUCAGUGAAGAGAAAGAGCAUCUUUUCCUCACUUUAGAUCGUUCGCCCUCUGACACUCGGCGGCAGUCUGUACUGUGGGAUGGCAUUUUUUUGGGAGUUCCUCACGGCGAGGGAGGGUUUGCUUGGUGGAGUUUAUACAGGUGGCCAGCGGUGAACAGGCUACCACGGCCACGUUUGCUCUGAUGUUUGGAGACCCGGCUCAAUCUGCCCUCCGCUGUUGACUGCGACGCCCAGUACUAAAUGAACGCCAGCAUGUUAACGCUCUUCUAAGUUGGAGCCCGAAAGCCCUGCUCGGUGUUACCUCGUUUAGUAUCGCUGGUCUUUCCGGACCACGGGAGAGAGAAGGGGACUGAGGUGGGCUGGGUGCAAGAGAGUGAGGGAGGGAGGAGAGUGGGGGAGGGAAAGAGAGGAAGAGGAGGAAAGGAUAGAGAUAGGGGGUUAGUGGUCCAACAGAAGAUGAUGAAGGCAGCGGCAGCUCUCCUCGUGUUUUCUGCAUGGGGCAAGGAGUGAAGGGGGAGAGAGAGAGAGAGAGAGAGAGAGAGAAGGUGGAGUAGGGAAGGGGAGCCGUUCGCAAUGCUCAGCACGGCCUAGAUCGGCCAGCGUCAAGGACCCGGCUUGUCAGUCGGCUCCCGGUGUCAUGUCGUUCGGGAGCUUUGGCGCCAGGAGCGAGCGGCGGGCCGGCUUCACGCUGAGGGGUUAGAGAGAAAGUGUGAGGGGGAGGUGGGAGGUUUCGUCACCAAAGUGGCCAAGCAUCCUCCACACUCCCCUCACCCACCUCGGAACUUUGUGUCUGUGUGGAAAGACAGCGAGAGAGAGAGAGGGGGAGAGAGCUGUUUGUUUGACCAAGUGUUCAAUAGAGGAAGGGGUGGAGGAGAGAGGAGGGUGGGGGGGGGGGGAAGGGAGAGAGAGAGAGAGAGAGAGAGAAAAAAAAACUUUCUACUAACAUACUAGAGGAGACGAUGGCAUCACGGCUGCAGCCCGCUUCGCCCCGGAGUAAAGCAAGCACUGAUCCCGACAGGGGAGGAGGGGAACGCAAUGGUUACGUGCGGGGCUGUGUGAGCCCUCUGCGCCGGGACCGGGGCUGCCCGGUGGCUUGGGGUGGACUGGCGGGCAGCGGCCGUCUGCUGUCUUCGGCCGCCGGGGUCGCCUCGCUGUCCGUGCUGCUGGGCGCUCUGCUGCGCUGGCUGGAUGCCGGCGGCGGGCUGCUGACCCUGUUGCACUCCGCGCUGCCCCUCUUCAGCCUGAUGAGCGCUUUCUUCUGGCUGGCCCUCUACCUGACCGGCUGCGGCAGGGGUGAACUCGCCCCCCGGCUGCUGGCCGCCUGCUCGCUGGCCGAGACUCUGCUGCAGGCACUGCUGGUGGGCGAGGAGCAGCUGCUGUCGUUCGGAGCCACCGCCGUGUUGCUGAGCUGCCUGGCCGCUGCCACCCUCAUGGUCUUGCGGGUGAGCCAGGGUGUGUGUACCAUCCUCUUCACCAGCCUGUUGAGGACCGUGUCGUUGCUCUCCCUGGAGCGAGUGCGGGCCAGUUGGAGACCCUUCCUGGCUUACUUGAUGGGCAUACUGGGAGUGAUGCUGGCCAGGUACGCCGUGCGCAUCUUGCCCCAGGGAGUGCCACCGGCAGCCGCCGAGGACAAAGUUCCUGUCAUCAAGCGAAGGAGGAGAUCCAGUUCGGUUAUUGCUGCCGAGAUGCCUAAUAGUCAACUGGGCUCUAAGCCCCACCGCAGGACAUCGCUACCAUGCAUUCAAAGGGACCAGAUCCUUUCGCACUCUGAAUGGGAUCAUAAGCGUGCUUACCGAGGAUCACAGGAUCUGGACAUCACGGGCAAGGCCAUCUUUCAUUGCCCAUCCCUACAUGCCUUUGAGAAGAUGGUGUCUUCAGGCACUAGUGUCACCGUCGAUAUAGCUGUGAUGGGUGAAGCUCAUGGACUAAUUACAGACCUGUUGGCUGAACCUUCCUUGCCUCCCAAUGUCAGUACCUCCUUGAGAGCUGUCAGCAAUCUGCUCAGCACCCAGCUGACCUUCCAGCCCAUCCACAAGCCAAGAAUAAAUCCACUGGUGUCAUUCAGCGAGUCCUCAGUUUGUUCUGAUGGUGAAGAAUGCCAAGGAGAGAAACUUGCUAUCCCAAAGCGACUGAGGAGAAGUCUGCCCCCAGGACUGCUAAGACGGAUUUCAUCUACUUGGACAACGACCACCUCUGCCACCGGUCUACCUACUGUGGAGCCAGGACCUGUCAGGAGAGACCGCAGUUCAAGCAUCAAACCCACUCAUGAGGCUUCACUGGGCAGUUCUUGUAGUCCAGAAUCUUACAACUGUUCCUCCUCAGUAUUGCUGACUAUUUCCAAAAGCAGAUCCUUCUCGGCCUCCCAUGCUAUUGCUACACCUAACCAUAUGAAUGCCAAAAGGCAAAUGCGACAAGGUUAUUCUUCAAACAUCACACCUCUCACUUCCCCAUGCCAUUCACCAAUCCAGGGGACUCCUGCUGGUAGUCCCACCAGCAAAACUUCUGCCCUUGAAUUUCCAGACACUGCAGAUAUAAUCACCAAACCAGGCCGCAAUCCGCAUAAGCCUUUAACGUACACUCAGAGCGCACCAGAUGUUGCAGGACAGUUCAGGAGCAACUGCAUUGUUUGCAGUAGUUGUGGUCGGCCAUUCAGCAAGCUGACGCACUCGGAAAGCAUGGGGGGAAGAGUGGAGACAACAGUGCACUCACUGCACCGGACAGAUGACCCUGCUCAAGCCACCUCUGACUAUGACAGCACCCACGAGACAAAUAACAGUGACAGUAGUGACAUUGCACAGAACGAUGACGAUCAGGACUCCUCUGCAAAAGGCUUAGAACAAUCUCUCAAAGAAUCUGACUGCAGACUCUACAGACCAGAGGACAUCACAUUACACCACUUGAUUCCAGCCCAGGAAAAAGCAAUCCUUGCUCCAGAGCCUCUUCUAAUGGAAGAUCUGGAGCUGAUAUUUACACAACUCAACAACUGGAAUUUUCCCAUCUUUGACCUCAUGGAGAUGACGGGCUCAAAAUGUGGCCGGAUACUUAGCCAGGUAGCAUUCAGACUGUUUGAAGACACUGGGCUUUUUCAAAUAUUUAAAAUCCCAUUAAAAGAGUUCAUGAACUACUUUCACGCAUUAGAAAAUGGGUACAGAGAUAUACCCUAUCACAAUCGCAUACAUGCCACAGACGUGAUGCAUGCCGUCUGGUACCUCACCACACAACCUGUCCCAGGACUGCAGACGAUAAUCGGUGAUCAUGGCUCAAUGAGCGAUUCAGAUUCAGACAGUGGAAUCACUCAUGGACACAUGGGAUUCGCCAUAUCAAAAACAUACAGUGUGACAGAGGACAGAUAUGGCUGUGUUAUUGCCAAUGUCCCAGCCUUGGAGUUGAUGGCCCUUUACGUUGCUGCAGCCAUGCAUGAUUAUGAUCACCCAGGAAGAACCAACGCCUUUCUGGUGGCAACCAGUGCACCACAGGCUGUUCUCUACAAUGACCGUUCAGUGUUGGAGAACCAUCAUGCUGCCUCAGCAUGGAACCUGUUCAUGUCGCAGCAGGAGUACAACUUUCUGGUCAACUUGGAUCACGUUGAAUUCAAGCGAUUCCGAUUUCUUGUCAUCGAGGCCAUAUUGGCCACAGAUCUCAAGAAACACUUUGAUUUUCUUGCAGAGUUCAAUGCAAAGGUGAACGAGGAGGUGGGACCGGGUAUUGACUGGGCAAAUGAAAAUGAUCGCUUGCUGGUUUGUCAAAUGUGCAUUAAGCUCGCUGACAUCAAUGGGCCUGCCAAGUGCAAGGAGCUUCAUUUAAGAUGGACAGAAGGGAUUGUUAAUGAGUUUUAUGAGCAGGGGGAUGAGGAAACGAGUCUCGGACUUCCCAUCAGUCCAUUCAUGGACCGCUCAGCCCCACAGCUGGCUAAACUUCAGGAAUCAUUCAUCACCCAUAUAGUGGGACCACUGUGCAACUCCUACAACUCAGCAGGCUUAAUACCAGGUAGAUGGGUGGAGGAUAACGAGGAAGAAGAGGAGGAUGAGGAAGAAGCAGAAACAACAGAAGAGGAGGGUGCAUUGGAAACAACUACAAAACGGGAACGGCGCAGGAAGCAAAGGAAGGUCUUCUGUCAGAUCAUGCAGCACCUAAUGGAAAAUCAUGAAAUGUGGAAGAAGGUCAUCGAAGAGGAACAGGAGGAGCGUAGGAAAGCAGACCUCGAGAAGCAAGAGCAGUCCUCCCUGCUUCAAAGCUCAGAGACAAUCCAGGCAAUCACUGAGGAGGAGGAGGACAAGGAAGAGAAGAAUCUUGAAGAAUCAGAGGGGAAGUCUGUGAAAACCAGUUCAGUCACAAACCUAACCCAGGAGACUUUAGAAGAUAAAAGUGACUGAAUGUGUACUGACCUUUUCUUUGUUCCCAGCACAUUUUGACACAAUACUGUAGAUGUAUAGAGCAAUGUGCCUACAGCUGAGAUGGUAUAAUAUUGCCAUGAGCUGCAGCCAGAAAUAAAUGAACACCAUGAAUGAGGAAGCCUCUAUAACGCACCACUGGCUGACUUAGACUUUCAACACACAAUUGCUACCAAUACGAUUAUGGUGCACUUUUUCAUUGACAUGUCUUGUUUAAUAUUGCUUGAUACACACGUCUGUAAAAAGAAAUGCACUCACUUGCUAUGCAACAGCAGUGAGUAUCAAAUGAAGGAGGACAUAUUUCUAAAGCAUAGGCUUUACAGAAAAUGCUGCGGUACUCUAUCCCUAACUUUUGCUCCACUUUUGAGUGAAAGUUGAUAGCUUUAUCAGAAUUCUGAUACAGCCCGAUAAUACCUUUUGUGUAUAUAACCUUGUGGCUCACCAGCUCUGUAUAAGCAAUCUCUUGAAGCAUAGCUGUAGUUCUUGUACAUUGCAAACACCACCAUGAACAAAUGUUUUAGGAAAAGCCUAACAGAUCCAUGAUGGGCCAUUUCACUUUAUAAAAAAGCACCUGCUACAAGCCAAACUUCUAGUCAAGAAUUUAUAUCCAUUUUGAAUAUUUUUAUUGUUUAUUUUACAUUCAAUGAUAAUUAUUUGCAGAAAACAACAGUUUAUUGUAGAUACAAAGAACAUUUUCUAUUGGCUUUUGUAAAUAGCAAGCUCUUAACCCAGUUUUUUUGUGAUUUUGUAAAGAUGGCUAUGAAAACUUCACACUUAAAAAGACAUUCUUAUGAUAUUGACAGAACUUAGUACAUUCUUAUAUAACACAACACGAUAAAGUAGAUGCAAGUUGCGGCAAAUAGUUAAUUUUAAAAGAUGAUCAUUCUUUGGAUUAUUUUUGCUGCAAGGUUAAUCCUUAAGAAAUCGUUUACUACUGAUAGGACUGAGGUGAUUGACAAGAAAAUUAGACAGUACCACCUCAGAUUUUCUGAGGCCCAUGUAUCUGCACAUUUUAGACAUUGUGUGAGAGUUGGUGGUGAUAAGGACUACAGUGAAUCAUAGCAUCUUUCCUUCUACACCUUGCGUCAUAUAAGACUGAAGCAUUGGACAAUCAACCAGACAGUCUCAUCUUCUAUGACUUGAUCUAACUCUACACCUUGGGUCAAUGGCCACGUCAUCAUGGUGGUUAUGUUUCGAGCCCAACAAUCCAGUCACAUGAAGCAAGGAUCUCCAGACAUUAAUUGGAGUCUCAUUACAGGGGGAUUGACUUCAGUCAACUAAACAGCUCUUAAAUCAGAUCUUAAUGCUGGUAAUGGAGGCUGGUAAAUUACGGAGUUUUGUGUUCCCUAAUUUCCUUUUGGGAAGAAAAUCUGACAUCCUUUCAUGGUCGGGCCAUGUACAACUCUCACGUGCAGCAGGAUGGUUUAUCCACAGCUGUGCUGUGAAAUAUCCCAGCAAAGACUGUCAGGAAUGAGCAACAGAUGCUGAAUAUGCCUUUUAAUCCCCAAAAUUUGUUUUUCUUUAAUGUGCAAGAGCUCCUUUUUUUUCCCUGUUAAAAAUAACUUUGUUUAACAUUUUUUUUUAUUUUGAGAUCAAAAUCAUUUUAAAUGUGAAGGAAUUUAAAUAAAUAUAAAAGGAAUCUAAUCUUCUCCAGCUGCCCACAUCUCACCCUCAGGGGUUGAGGUCAAUUGCAAUUCAAUGCCAAGACUGAUACACUUUGACUCUUGGUGACAACUGAGGCAAAUGAAAUGAAUGGAGGUAUGGAUUAGUCAAGGUAUAACCGAAUGAUAGAAAAGGUUCAUGGGGAAAAAUGGUCUCUCCCUGUUCUUUUGUACCUGAGCCAUAGGAUGUUACGUACUAAUUUAAUCUUUAAGGGUUAGUGUUUGUAAGUACAGUUAGCAUUGUUCUAAAUGUGAGCUGCAGUGCUUGACAGUUGCCCAGGAUGAUAAAAGGGAAGUCAAUCCUUACAAUUUCUAAAAUUAUUAGCAUAACUGAAAGUAUCAUCCAUGGCCCAUAGAUUUGCACCACUCCUAGGAUAGUGUUAAAACAAAUACAGAACCCUGGCUAAAUCUCUACAGUCUCCAGGUUAAUGAUACAGCCUCCCACUGUAACUAGUGCUCUGCUCCAAAUCCUAUGCCAGCUCCUUGAAAUCUUUGCACUCUGACUGAUUCUAACAUAGGACUUUUCAUCUGUGCAUAUUUUUUCCUUAAUAAAGCUUCACACUUUUUAAUUGUUAUUGCGUGAUUAAAAGAAAGGAAUAUUGGAUAUAUUUCAAGAGCACAGGUUCUGUGUUCAUUUAUUAUACUGUAUACCUUCCCUAAUGUUCAAGGACUGCAGAAAGAUUAGUUAACAUAUAACGUCAUCAGAAAGUUGCAGCUUACAGAUCAUUUCAACAUCGGUUACAAUCCCACAUCACCAAUCUACUCAUUUUUUAUGUUUUGUUGACCAAACAAAAUGAUUAAACAAUAAUUUUGUUUUUGCACAAAACCUGGAUUUCUUUAAAAGCAUUUUGAGAGCAGAAGUUUAAAAUUCUGGAAAAGUUGUUUGAAUCUUCACCAACACUCAUUUCAGUACUGAAUAACCUUUCAAAUAUCAAAAGCCUUCUGCUUUCAAAGUUAUUUUCUGCGGUGCUCAUUAUUUUAGGGAUUUUACAUAAGUGCAAAUGUUCCAGCAAAGGAUAAUGAAAGGGGAACUACAAAAACUUUGAAAAUUGGUGCAAUUUCACACAAAGUCAUAAAUGAAUCAUAAAUAUGAAGGUACUCAUUGAAUGAUUUAACACUGAAGGAAAACAGUCACUUCAGAGUAUGUGACAACAUCCAUGCCUUCUCUUAUUCUUAUCCUAAUAAUUAAACUCACCUAAAUUAACUUGGUUUUCUACACUUAUGCAUGGUAGGUCUAGUUUAAGCCAAGUCUCUCAAAUCAUUGCAGUCUACAUGGCACCAAGUUGCAAUUCAGAACAUCAGAGGAAUUAAAGUGAAUAAAAAUAAAUUUGUUAGUGGCUAUUAGAGAACAAAUGUACUUCUGCAAUUCUCUGUUGGUGUUAAUUGAAAUCUCUGUUAUUAUACCAGUGCAGUCAUUACUGAAAGGCUGUAUUGUAAUUUAAACAGGAAAUGCUCAGAAGGUCUGGUAGCAUCUGUGGAAACAGAAACAGUUAAUGUUUCCAAUUUAAUUUACUUCUUCAGCGAGAGAGUGAAAAUAGUUAGCUUUGCAUAGAAGAGAAUUGGUGGGGGUGUGCAGGGUGGCUGGUGGAAUGAUCGUCAUGAAGGGAAUAUCUGUUAUAUGGUGAAGCUUGGUCAAAAGGUUCGAUCGAGGUUGCUAUUCUUUGUCUGAACCAUGCAUUGCUGACUGUAAGUCUGUGAGACAGAAUCAGCAAGUGAGGAUAUACUAGUAGAGAGCAAAAUUGAGCUAAUUUCACAGAUGGGUGACUUACAAUGGAAAUAGCCCAUUUUGAUAGAAACAGAGAAAAUGAGUUAACUACUAAUGCAGAAUUCAACAUUGAGUCUGGAAGGCUGCAAUGUAGCUUCGUAAAAUUCACAACUAGCCUGAUCACAACACCCAAGUUUAAUAAUAGCCAGAAUGGAGAAAAGAAAAUGGAUAUAAUCUUCUUAAGGAGGCUCAUCUACCAGAUGAUACAAUAAGACCAUAAGACAUAGGAACAGAAUUAGGCCAUUUGGCUCAUCGAGUCUGCUCCACUAUUCAAUCAUGGCUUAUUCAUUAUCCCUCUCAACCCUUGCUAAUUAAGAACCUAUCAACCUCUGUUUAAAUAUACCCAAUUAUUUGGACUCCACAGCUGUCUGUGGCAAUGAAUGCCACAGAUUCACCAUCCCCUGGCUAAAGUAAUUCCCCUUGGCCUCUGUUUUAAAUGGACAUCCUUUUAGUCACAGGCUGUGCCCUCUGGUCCUAAGCUCUCCCACAAUUGGAAACAUCCUCUUCACAUACACUCUAUCUAGGCCUUUCAAUAUUCAAUAGCUUUCAAUGAGAUUCGCGGCCCCCCCCCCCCGCCAUUCUUCUAAACUCCAGCAAGUACACACCUAAAGCCAUCUAAUGCCCCUGCUAUGUUAACAUUUCCAUUCUUGGGAUCAUUCCCAUGAACGUCAUAGACCCUCUUCCAUAGUUGCUCAAUAGGUCCCUUUUCAAGCUGUUGUACAUGAAAGCAAAACAGAAAAAGAAUUCAGAUUAUCUAUACUACUCAGGGCAAAGAAUUCUUUCACAAUCAAAGUACAUUUACCUGAAGAAAAAUUGGAGGCAUAAUUAGCCUGAUUUCCAAAGCAAAUUAAUACUGGUGAUAAGAGUUCUUGAGCUUAUUCAUUCAGGCAUCUUCUAAGCUUGUUCUGUUUAUAAAAUGCUUUCUGGUAUUCACCUUCUUGCUCCUGUGAGCAUAACUUGUGUUUACCUCUUGAAGCAGGGAGUGGUAACUAUUGGCCAAUUGUAAAAUGCUUACUUUAAAAGUGUCAAUAACCCUGUUGCAAAACUUAGCAAACAAAAGAAUUCUGGACAGCAGUGGAUUGAGGUAUAAAGGUGAUUAAUAGGGUAUGCACCAUAAAUAAGCCAGGCUACUAGUGGGUCAGUUUUUGAAUUUUAUGGAUAGUGUUUUUUGCAAAGAACUUACAAGCAGUAAUUUGAUUCUGUAAUUCUUAUAUCUAUGGAGAACAUCAGCAAAUCUGGCGUUGGUUUCUUAUAGUCAAGCAAUGCAAAUGCACGGUAUUUUGUAAAGCCAAUGAAACAGUACCCAAAAAUUUAACUGAGGUGCACCAACUUUUCAAGUGAAGGCCAGAGUAUUUCUAAGCCUGUUUCUAAUGAAAGACUGGUAUAGUUUAAAUUUGCCAAGGUGCCAGGAACUCCUUGCAGUCAGUUGACCACAGAAUCUGUGACUAGCACUUUAAGGGUUAAUAAUGUUCGCCUUAUGUAGGUGUCUGACUACCUACCAGGAUGUGAAAAGACACUGGAAAGAACAGCAGAGUGUAUUUUAAUUAUAUAAUAAGAUGUAGUUUUAAGGACAAUAGUGUUCCAUACAUUCCAAUUCUUUUUUAAAUAAUUGAAUGAGUUAAAUGUAAAAAUUCACUUCAAGGUAUAAUGCACAGUAUUUAUAUUCACCAAGGCUUUCUACAUUUAUAUAAAUGGUUUGUUAGAGGAUUCAAAUAAGAGAAACGUAAGUAGAUAUAAUUAGCUGUAGAUGUACAUUUAUUAGAGGCAUUAAAAUAAUUAGCAGUCCUUUCAACUGUCAGUUGUUAAUUCUGUUUAUUUCACACGUGUUUGUGAUAUUGUGAUUUUCUUUUUUAUUUUUCAGUGUGCCGUAAAUAUGUAAAUUCAAUUUUGUUCUUUUGUAUAAUGUAGUUCCCAUGAUGGUGAAAUCAUUAAGAUAGAAUCGUCUAUUGUGUUUACGCAUUAGUUUUGUUAAUUAUGAAGAGCACAAGAAUGGUGUGUCAUUAUUCCAAGUGUAAAUUAAAUAACGUAUCAUACACUGCCUAACAGUUGAUACAAUCUUUACACGUUUGAGGUUUGUGCCUUGGCAACUUCUUAUGUUCAGUGUCAUAAUUUGAUCAGAAAAGUUAUCAAUGUAUAUUUAUCAUUUUAAUUUGUUGAAUUACAAGACAUUUUAUAUGAAAAAGGAACCCUACAGAGAGUUGCAGAACAUAUGUGGGAAACUCUCCCUCACCCAUUAUGAAAUCCAAUUAAAGAUUUGUCUAAGUGUGGCAGUACUGACAGAUGACAUAAAGCAGACUUCUGUCUUCGGUUGAGAGUAAUCUACCGGUAAAAAUUUUAAUAUCAUCUCUCACCUGCCACUGCUUAUGUGCCUCUGUAGCAUUAAUCUUUUCACAGAAAAAUUACGCAUCAAUUGAAAGGGGUAUCUCAACAUUGUUUAGUUAUAUGUAACAGGUGUACCAUAUGAAGAGAGUGAGGGUUGAAUUCAUCUGUUGGUGCUGUUGCUUAAAAUAAAAAUUUCAUCCUUGUCUAACAUCAACAACAAUUUGAAUUUCAAUAGAGCUUUCACUAUAGUAAAAUACUCCUAGGCACUUCAUGGGAAUAAUAUUGAAUAAAAUUUGAUACGCUUUUGCCUUGACAGGACCAACAUAGAUAAUUAUUUUUUAAGAAAUACAAAAUGUCAUUUUAUUAGAGUGUUUUUAUUGUUUCUGUCACUACAGUCAACCUUCUCCACAUAAUUGCCCAUUAUCCCUUCAUUUAGCUUAAGAAUGAGCCCUUGCUAUUUGUUAUAUCAAAUCACAAAUUCAAUGUAACUCCUCACGUGAUUUGCACUCAACACACAAAGCAAUAGCUAAUGUUUCAUUCACAAUUCUUUAAGUCAAGGAUUCCAUAUAUCUGAUUAAAUAUCCUAUUUUAUACAGUAGAUUAUGUACAGAAUAAAUCUUUCAGAUAGGUGUUAUUUAUUUUUACUGUUUUGUAAGUUAGACACUAUACUGUAUCUCUAAUGGCCAGAAUAAUCGGAAAGUGCCUCUUGGUAAACUGUAUAGUACAGAAUAUAUAAAUACUUAUUCAAUAUUUUAGAAACAUCUGUUGCUAACUGAAAAAUGUAGAUGUUUUAAUGCAAAGACAGUUGUACAACAUGAAAUUAAUUCUGUGGUAUUGUGCGUCACUUCUUUGUCUACACACGUAAUGCUUGGCUUGGAGUUACUUUUCCAUGUCCUCCUUCAGUUGCAGAAGUCUGUGCUGCCAGCUGAGCACCUUGGAUUGAUCUCCUCCAAGAGGAGCCCUAUGAUUUUGCAAUUUUUAAGACGAGCGCAUAUACUUGAAUUAGGAAAGAGAAAUCAGUAUUCAAGGUGCUUCACUAACCAGUAGAUUAAUUCUGAGAGGCAUUCUCUCUCAAAUACACAUCAAAGUCAAGUCACUUUUUAUUGUCAUUUCGACCAUAACUGCUGGUACAGUACACAGUAAAAACGAGACGAUGUUUUUCAGAACCAUGGUGCUACAUGAAACAAUACAAAAGCUACACUGAACUACGUAAAACAACACAAAAACUACAC